AUGGACUCGGAGAAGACACCCCAGUUCAAGGUGCUCAUCGCCGGUGGAUCAAUCGCCGGACUCACACUCGCCAAUGCCCUCGCGCGCGCGAACGUCGAUUUCAUCGUAUUGGAAAGCCACGGCCGGAUCGAUGCUUCCAUCGGUGGCGCGUUGACUAUUGUUAGCAAUGGACAGAGGAUUCUCGAUCAAAUGGGUAUCUAUGACGACAUCAACCCACACCUUGAGCCAGCAGGUGAUGUGUACACUUAUUUGAAGGAUGGGCGGUUAUUAGGGGAAAUGGAUACGCCAGCGGUGAUGAGAGAACGGCAUUAUUAUCCUGUCGCUUGGUUACCACGCGAGCAACUGCUAAGGAUCUUGUACGAGAGUAUUCCGAACAAAAGUAAAGUGCUUGUGAACAAAAAGGUCAAGACGGUUGAUCACUCAGAAGACGGUGUUGUUGUGCACUGUGAGGAUGGUAGUGAAUAUGCUGGCAGUAUGAUUGCUGGUGCCGAUGGAGUUCACAGUACCAUUCGAGGGGAGAUGUGGAGACACAUGGAGCAAAGCAAAAAGGGAAAGUCCAAGGCGAAGAAAGAUCGGAAAGCUAUCACUGCUGAGUAUGCGUGUAUUUUGGGAAUAUCCCGCCCAACAGAGGGUCUGAAACCAGGAGAAAUUCAUCGGACCUGGGGGAAGAAUUUUACCACGUUUGUGAAUGUUGGGAAAGAGAACCAGGUCUUUUGGUUUAUCUUCACCAAGAUGGACAGAAAGUAUCAAUAUCUUGGCAUUCCGAAGUUCUCAAAAGAAGACCUAGAUGCCAAAGCCAAAUCUUUCUUGGAUACUCAUCUUUGCCCUGGUGUCAAGUUUGAGUCGGUCUAUGAAAAUGCCACAAGUUCUUCAUUUGUGCCGCUGCAGGAAGGAGUUUGCAAAUGGUGGAGCUGGGGUAGAUUUGCUUGUUUGGGAGAUGCGGUCCACAAGACGACGCCAAACAUCGGUCAAGGCGCAGCACUAGCCAUUGAAGAUGCCGCCUCGCUCGCAAACCACAUAGUGAAAUUGGCCCAGAAAGAUAGUGACAUAACGUCAGCUGAUAUCAGUCGGUCCCUCGCACACUGGGGAACUAGCCUAAGACCAAGAGUAAAAACUGUUUGCGACGGAGGUGCUAUGUUCACGAGGCUAGAAGCGCUCGCAAACUGGCCACUCAAGCUCGUUGCGCUGUAUCUCUCACCUCACCUUGGAGGCAUUUUUGCGGAUAUUGUUAGUAUUACUCACCUUGGGGCACCAACAUUAGACUUCCUGCCGUUACCAGAGAGAGAGGAAACUGGUUCUGUGACGGAUAGCUCUGAAAUAGAUGAGAAGGCAAUAGAUGAGGCCACGGGUGAGAAGGCUACGGAUGAGAAGGUGACUGCCCGGAAGAAGGUGAAGAAGCCCGAGUUGAAGUUAAGGUCUUAUGUUCGGGCAUUCUGGGCUGUGAAUCUGAGCUUGAAAUGA